AUGACGGAGGCUUUAGGGUCAAAAGAACUAGAAGGUGCGAGAUCAAAGCAACCAUAUGAAUUAAGGAGGGAGUUUACUGCAUUGAGGAAGCUUCGAAAAGCUGAGGAAGACGCUAAGUCUCGGCAGAGUCAGGCUGAGUCUAAUAACAUUGCUGUCAUACAAGAGCUAAAUCCAAACGAAGCAGAUGGAACCCUUGUCAAAGAUGAACUCGCCACUCAGACCGAUAUUGCUCGCUUGACUGAUGAAUUUGCGAAAUCUAAACUCGGACCAAAAGAAAAGACGCCCAGAGAAAUCUGGAACGAUCUAACGAAUGAUCCGGAGAGUUUGGAGAAUCCUAAGCUGGCUCGCUUUCGCUCGCUGGAUGUCACCCCUGAUCCUUCCUGGUUCGAAAGUAUCUUGAGCAAAGCCGAAAGCAUUCUCGAAAAGACUGCAGAUGGAGGGCAGUUGAAAGGUAGCGAUAAAGACUCGGCUAUCGAGCGACGAAAUGAUAUCCUUAAGAUACUUAUGCAAGGGGCUCUAGAGCUGGGUUCAUAUAUAUUUGAUUCCUCUGAGAUUUCCGGAAAGCUUGCAGCACAACACGAUGUCCAAAAUCAAGAUCGCCACGAGGCAGUCACCUCAGUUGAACCUGCAAGCGACGGCCAUACAGACGGAAAUACCAUUAUCGCAUCGACACCAUGUGAGAAUUGUUCUGAUGCACUUGCUCCCCACCAAGUAGUCGAGCUUAUGGAAAAGCCUACCCAGAAAUCACGGGAUCGAUCAAUUUGGUUUGAAUAUCAUUCAAAAGAACCACAAAGUGUGUACUACACUAUCGAUCUGUACGAGCGGGUCCAUAGGUUUAAUCUUGACAAGUAUAAUGCAAAUUCGAACGAAAAGACAGUAGCUCGUUUAUAUGUACCAAUAAAAUCACCACCACCAACACGACGACCACUGAACUUCGUUGCCUCAAAACUUCAAAUCUUCAAUGCCAUCAGUGGUUGGGCUCCUGUGACACUCACAGCAAGAUGUUCAAAUCCAUUUAUCCCGAACAAAACUUGGACUGAGAAAGUUCAAGAAUUGUGCCAGGUCACAGGAUAUCACUUAGAACCGUGCGAAUACGUCGAUUGCGGAAAUCCGGGUAGAUACAACGCGUGUCAUGCCGAGAAACAAAUUAUAGCCUAUUGGCUCUACCACUAUGUUUUGAGUUCGCGCAGCGCCGACCCAUCGGCGCCUUGGGAUAAGAAAUACAAUGAACCUAUAAAGCCGGAAUAUUACGAGGGUCUUUUUAUCGUCAUCAGUAACCCUCUCUGCGAUUGCUGCGACCGUUUCCUGAAUCACGUAGCGACAUAUUACAAAAUUUCCUUCACGAUUCACUGUCCUGGUGGUCCAGGCGAAGGAAUUAAGUUUCCAAGCAUGCCACUAGAGUUGCGACGAGAUGACUUGAAAUAG